UGCCCCUGGCGGCAACGGCCGCUUUGUCCUUGUGAUUUCAAUCCCGCCCUUAAUUUCCCCCCUCGCUCACCAUGGCCUCCCCCUAACGGCCAUAUCAAUGGCUCCAACGGACAUGCGAACGGUCACGCCAAUGGCCACGCCAAUGGCCACGCCAAUGGUCACGCCGAAGGACGCAAAGAGCAACACGAAGCAGACGUCGUUAUCAUCGGCGCGGGCGUUCUCGGUUGCGCCCUUGCCGUCACGCUGGGGAAGCAAGGCCGAAGCGUGAUCUUGUUGGAGGCUUCAUGGAAAGAGCCUGAUCGCAUUGUCGGCGAAUUGCUUCAGCCUGGAGGUGUCGAGGCCCUAGGGAAGCUUGGUCUGAGUGAGUGCCUCGAGGGGAUCGAUGCCCUCCCCGUCAAAGGAUACCACAUCGAAUACUUCCGCGACCCCACUCCCCCCCGGUCCAGCGUCGCCGAACCCGAAGGCCGCGCUUUCCACCAUGGCAGAUUCGUGUCGAAGUUACGAGAGGCGGUGCUCGCUACCCCCAACGUGACUGUGGUUGAGACCAAGGCCACAGGCCUGAUAACUUCCUCGGAGACGGAUCAGGUUGUUGGGGUCGAAUGUGUCACCAAGGACCUGAAAGAUUGCUAUCUCGCCCAGCUGACAGUGAUUGCCGAUGGCUACGACUCGAAAUUCCGCAAGGGACACCACGCACAUGCUCCGACUCGCCGCUCCAAAUUUUGGGGCCUUGAGAUGAUCGAUGCCAAACUCCCCGAGCCUCAUUACGGCCAUGUCCUGUUAAGCGAUAACCCUCCCAUUUUGAUGUACCAGAUCGGAACCCAUGAAACCCGCAUCCUGAUCGAUAUUCCGGAUAACUUCCCCGCUGCAUCUGUACAGAACGGCGGUGUGAAAGGCUACAUGCGAAAUCAGAUCCUGCCGAGGCUUCCAGAGGAGACCCGGCCGGCUUUCGAGGCGGCCUUGGAUGAGGCAAGAUGCGCUCCAUGCCCAACUCUUUCUUGCCGGCCUCGGUGA